AUGCCCGCCUCCAUCACCCAUGCCUCCCUGAACAAAGAAAAGCACGUCAAAUACUGGCUCCGCUGCCUGAAAACCUACCUCCCAAACGCUUACACCUCCAAUGAAGCACAGCGCAUGAGCUUGGCCUUCUUCAUUCUCUCCGCCCUCGAUAUCCUCGGCGCACUCCACACCAAAACCACUGCCUCCGAGCGCGCAGGAUACGCGAAUUGGAUACUACGUUGUCAGCACCCUGAUGGAGGCUUCAGAGGGUUUACGGGUACGAUGACAGGGGAUGAGAACAGGAACGAAUGGGAUGCGGCGAACCUGGCUGCUACGUAUUUUGCGUGCGCGUCAUUGGCGGUGCUAGGGGAUGGUAUGGAGAGGGUGAGGAGGAGAGAGUGUUUGGAGUGGGUGAGGAGGUUGCAGAGAGCGAAUGGGAGCUUUGGGGAGGGGAUAGGAAAAGAAGGCGUGGUGGAAGGGGCUGAGGACAUGAGGUUUUGUUACGUGGCUGCAGUGACGAGGUGGUUCCUGAGGAGGGGAGAGGAUAUGGAAAAGGUGGAGGACAUCGACGUUGAGGGGUUGGUAAAGUGGAUUGAAGCUUCCGUGACUUACGAAGGAGGCAUUGCGCAGGGCCCGUUCCAUGAGGCACAUGCUGGGUAUACGUACUCUGGCGUCGGUGCACUAAUGGUACUUGGCAAGCUGCCACGGCGUACGAGCGAUUCAAAGGACGAGGGGAGGAUGAGCGCAGAGUUCGUGGAGAGCGUGACCAAAUGGCUCGUGUUGCGGCAAACGCUGAUGCUGCACGAAGAGGAUGAACUCCCAAUGGCAGACGAGGAGCCACCCGAUACGACGCCGGAAUCCUUCCCUCCUACCUUUCAUGUCCAAGGGGCCUUCCCCGUGUCGGUCGCAGACGCAAUUCUUCCAAACGGUCUAAUCGAGAUGUCACAACACGACCUUCAGUGGGCUGGGUUCAACGGUCGAUGCAAUAAGGUAGCUGAUACAUGCUACGCUUUCUGGGUUGGAGGAACAUUGGGGAUGCUGAACAGAGAACAUUUGCAAGACUUCAACGCCAUUCGCCACUAUCUGCUAGACAAGACGCAACAUAUGAUCGGCGGUUUUGGUAAACUGCCUGGUGAUGUCCCUGACAUCCUGCACUCAAAUCUCGGUCUCGCAGCCCUGGCGAUCAUGCAUGACCCAGAUCUGAAAAGUAUAGAUCCGACGCUAUGCAUCAGCCUCAGUGCGAAAGAGAACUUUGAAAAAAGCUUCCCUUCUCAGCAAGCACGCGGCAAUCUUCAUGGUUCAAAUACAGCCGAAAGCAUGCAUUGA